GUAAGAGACUGGACAUCCCCGCACCGCCAAUUCUUGUCUAUUUUGCCGAAUAAUUUGAUUUUCAAAUCGACUCGACGGCUUCAAUUCUAGGGAUUCAGGGCCUUGAAAUCCUUCCUCCAUUUCUGCCGCCAUUGCGGUGUUCGUUGUGGCUAGUAACGUGUGAGAUCGUGAUCUAGGGUUCGUAAAAGUCUGGACUUUACCUUCGGGUGCAUGAAGAUUUGGUGCUGUUACCUAUGCUUUACGAGAGAAGAAGACGACAUCGAAGAAGUAGGAGAGGAAGAUAAAGGAGAGGUCAUGGGGGACGACGUUUUCGGAGAUAAGGACAAUCUUGAGGGCAGACUCAGAAACGAGGACCCCGAGAUGCUAGGGUUCGCGGAGAAGCCGAACGAGCAGCUGAGAUUGUUCGAAGAUGCUGUCGUUGCGAUGCGCGAUGGUGCUGCGCAUUGGGAGGGGGCGGCGCGCGACGGUGCGCUCUUCUCCUCGUUUCGAAUCUCGCGCCACAGUGAGGGAGAGGCUAGCUCGGCUUCGGAUGGUGCAGCUGGGGCGAAGAGUGGUGUCGAGGAUCGUGAUCGUGAUUCGUACAAUAAGCGCUUCAAGGUUCAGUCUGAUUUUCAUGAAUAUAAUUUUUCAACUGCAGUGACUUCAAAGGCUGGAAGUUCUGCUAUAUCUGCAGAAAGGGAUUACCAGAUUAGUCAGGGAUCUUCUUUUUCUUCUAAGAAUCAGAUGUUUUAUCAUACUGUAACCAUGGCUGAUGGUGGUGAUAAGAAUGCUUCUAAAUCUAGAGAUGGGAAAGAUGAUGAAGGAGAUGAGAGUGGCCGUCUAGAAACAGAAUAUUUAGAAGUUCGAAUGGAUCUUACAGAUGACUUACUCCAUAUGGUUUUCUCUUUCUUGGACCACAUCAAUCUUUGCCAAGCUGCCAGAGUGUGUAGGCAGUGGCGAGAAGCUAGUGCUCAUGAAGAUUUUUGGAGAUGUUUGAAUUUUGAGGACCGUAACAUAUCUAUAGAACAAUUUGAGGAUAUGUGUCGAAGGUAUCCAAAUGCAACAGAAGUUAAUAUUUCUGGUGCUCCUGCUAUUCACCUGCUUGUUAUGAAAACGGUCUCUUCAUUAAGAAAUCUGGAGGUUUUAACAUUGGGUAGAGGGCAGCUUGGGGAUAUUUUUUUCCAUGCUUUGGCUGAUUGUUAUUUGUUGAAGAGAUUGAAUAUAAAUGAUGCUACUCUUGGGAAUGGCAUUCAAGAAAUACUUAUCAACCAUGAUAGCUUAUAUCAUCUUCAACUAACCAAGUGCCGUGUGAUGCGUGUAUCCAUCAGGUGCCCACAACUUGAAACUAUGUCUUUGAAGCGCAGUAACAUGGCUCAGGCUGUGCUAAAUUGCCCUCUUCUGCGUGAGCUUGAUAUAGGCUCUUGCCACAAGCUUUCAGAUGCUGCAAUUCGUUCUGCAGCAAUUUCAUGCCCUCAGUUAGAGUCUGUAGACAUGUCAAAUUGUUCAUGCGUUAGUGAUGAAACACUACGUGAGAUAGCUCUCACUUGUACCAAUCUUCAUUUUCUUGAUGCUUCGUACUGCCCAAAUAUCUCACUUGAGUCUGUUAGAUUGCCAAUGUUGACUGUUCUUAAGCUCCAUAGCUGUGAGGGUAUCACUUCAGCUUCAAUGGCUGCAAUAUCUCAUAGUUACAUGUUGGAGGUUUUAGAGCUUGACAAUUGCAGUUUACUGACUUCUGUGUCCUUGUAUCUUCCACACUUGCAAAAUAUUAGACUAGUACAUUGUCGCAAAUUUGCGGAUUUGAAUUUAUGGAGUAUCAUGCUAUCAUCUAUAAUGGUUUCUAAUUGCCCUGCACUCCACCGGAUUACCAUCACUUCAAACUCACUUCAGAAAUUAGCAUUGCAGAAGCAGGAGAGCUUGACAACAUUGGCAUUGCAAUGCCAAACUUUGCAAGAAGUGGACCUCACAGAUUGUGAAUCUCUGACAAAUUCUAUAUGUGAUGUCUUUAGUGAUGGUGGCGGAUGCCCUAUGCUAAAGUCAUUGGUUCUUGAUAAUUGUGAGAGCUUGACAGCAGUGCGGUUCUGCAGUGCUUCUUUAUCUAGUCUUUCCCUUGUUGGUUGCCGGGCUAUAACUGCUCUUGAACUCGCAUGCCCCUAUCUCGAGCAAGUUUUCUUAGAUGGUUGUGAUCAUCUUGAAAGAGCAUCAUUUUGUCCAGUUGGCCUACAGUCGUUGAAUCUGGGAAUAUGUCCCAAAUUGAAUGCACUCAGUAUCGACGCACCGUGUAUGGCGUUACUUGAAUUGAAAGGAUGUGGGGUAUUAUCUGAAACAUCUAUUAAUUGUCCACUCUUGAUGUCUCUGGAUGCUUCCUUUUGCAGCCAACUCAAGGAUGACUGCUUGUCUGCAACAUCUACUUCAUGCCCAUUGAUUGAGUCAUUGAUAUUGAUGUCAUGCCCAUCGAUUGGUUCUGUUGGACUUCACUCUCUAAGCUGCCUUCCACAUUUGACCGUGCUUGAUUUAUCAUACACAUUUUUACUGAACUUGCAACCUGUUUUUGAAUCUUGUUUUCAACUAAAGGUGUUAAAGCUACAAGCAUGCAAGUAUCUUGAUGACUCGUCUCUUGAGCCCCUUUACAAGGAAGGUGCUCUACCAGCGCUCCAGGAAUUGGACUUGUCUUAUGGGACUCUCUGUCAAUCUGCUAUAGAAGAGCUGCUUGCUUUCUGCACACACCUCACACAUGUGAGUUUGAAUGGCUGUGUGAAUAUGCAUGACCUGAAUUGGGGUUCUAGUGGUGGUCAGCUUUCUGUGCUGCCUAGAAUUUAUACCUCAUCUUCCAUGUUUUCGCCCAAGAAUAUCCACAAGCCAAUUAUUCAGGCCAACCGUCUACUGCAGAACCUAAACUGUGUAGGUUGUCUCAAUAUUAGGAAAGUUUCCAUCCUGCCAGCAGCACGCUGCUUCCAUUUGUCAUCGCUAAACCUUUCACUAUCAGCAAAUUUGAAGGAAGUUGAUCUUGCUUGUUUCAAUUUGUGCUUCCUUAAUUUGAGUAAUUGUUGCUCUUUGGAAAUGUUGAAGCUAGAGUGUCCCAGAUUGACUAGUCUCUUUCUUCAGUCUUGCAGCAUCGAUGGAGUAGCUGUUGAAGCUGCCAUAUUGAAGUGUAGCAUGCUGGAGACCCUUGACGUUCGCUUUUGUCCGAAGGUCUGUUCAAUGAGCAUGGGGAUGUUACGUGCGGCAUGCCCUAGUUUGAAGCGUAUAUUUAGCAGCUUGUCACCUUUGUGAUGUGAUAGGAUCAUUCAUUUCAAUUUCCCGCUGCUUAUUCACUUUUACUGCAGCGGCAACCAGCUUGAUUAUUCAUCCGACUUGCCAUAUGUAAAUGAUGUCUUUCUUUCUUUUACUGCUGCUUUAAAUUGCAGGUUUGGUCCGUAUAAACUUGCUUAAUUAGCUGUGUAUAUGUAAUUAUAGAAUAAGUUAUUAUUUUUGUAUUGAUUGUUUUGUAUCAAUUAUUAACUGUAGAUUCAAUUGCCGAGUAAA